GUGAACGGUGUUAAGAUUGUCAAACAGUGAGUAUGUUUUUGCAGUACUUUCCCAGAAUUUCCCCUAAUUUGCCACAUCAAAACCCACUAAGGCCGGUAAAAUUCACCUAUUCUAACAGUAAAAUCAUUGCAAUGGAUUUGCCUGUGGACGAUCAACUGCGGCUUUUGCAAAACUUCGGAUGGAUUGAAGUUUGGGAUGCAAUCUUUUACGAUUGGUGGAGCAUCAGGACCAGUUUUUCGAUCCUGCUGGGCUUCGUAUUGGCGCUGUUCCUCUAUUGGGUUCAUUAUGUCCCAGUCAAUUGGACGAAGGAUCUCACAGAAGUUGGCUAUGAAUUUUUAACUAAAAAUCGUCGCAAAGAGAGUAAAAUUCAAGCAAUCAAUAGAGCGAGGAAGCUGAGAAAAACUACAAAUGAUCACAUGCCACCCCCAUUUCCAAAUGGGUGGUUUGCUAUUGCAGAAUCAUACGAUGUAAAGCGAAAUGAAGUUAUCGAUGUAUCCUGCCUCGGACAACAUUUUGCUGUAUUUCGUACAGAAUCAGGCGACGCUCAUGUACUAGAUGCAUAUUGCCCACAUUUGGGGGCAAACAUAGCUGUAGGAGGAACGGUAAGAGGAGAUUGCAUUGAAUGUCCUUUUCAUCAGUGGGCAUUCCGCGGGUCAGAUGGGCAGUGUGUGAAUGCAGCUUACAGUUCUUCAGAUACAGCAUUUAAAAACACGAAACUGAAAAAAUGGAUAUCAAAUGAAAUCAACGGAGCUAUAUUUAUAUGGCAUCAUGCUGAAGGCGAAGAUCCAUGGCAUAUACCACUCGUUAAAGAAAUCGAAACUGAAGAAUGGAUUUACCAAGGUCGAAAUGAAUUCCUAAUCAACUGCCACAUACAAGAAAUACCUGAAAAUGGUGCGGAUAAUGCCCACUUAAUUGCUGUUCACGGACCAAACGUUUUGACGGGAAGUGAUUUAAGAUUUACCAGAGCAUCGUGGGCUACAUUUCUCAAUCAUUGGUGGGACGCAAGCUGGCGAUCAAGCACGAAUCCAAACGAGAAGCAUAUUGCGACCGCUAUUUUAGAACAUUCAACAAGGUUAUUCAAUAAAUUGGAAUUACAUCAUUUAGACGUUCAAGCAAAUCAGAUUGGUCCGGCAUAUGUACAAUUGGUUGUAACGUCCACCUUUGGACUCGUGGCUAUUCUGCAAACCGUAACACCAGUCGAACCGCUAGUGCAAAAAGUAAUUCAUCGGUUCUAUUCUCCAAGAAAAUGCGGAUUUUUUACGAAAUUUAUGAUUUGGGCCGAGAGUGUCAUGUUUGAACGUGAUAUGAUGGUGUGGAAUCACAAAGUUUAUCUACAUUCACCUUGUCUACUUAAGGAAGAUAGAAAUAUAAAACUAUACCGUGCGUGGUACAGCCAAUUUUACUCGGAAAACAGUAAAACAUUUGCCGAAGCUAAAGACAGUAUGGAAUGGUAGUAAUUCUGUCAGAUGUUACUCAAGACGAGGCUUGCCAUUCUCAUAAAUUUUGUUUUCUACCAUGACUUCCAUUUAAGUAGAACACUAAAAAAUCUAGUUUAAAACUUAGUUUUAAUAAAAUUUACCUAUAGCGAAACGCCAAGUAGAAAAUUAUAUUUGUAGUAUGAAUAUAAUAGAACACAUUGUUUGGAAUAGAACACACUAAGUUAUAACACUUCCGUAAACGUAUACGUUCUAGCAUCCUCAUUGCUUCUUUAAUAUUUCUAUAUAGCAUUUACCAACCAAAAGAUUUGCUGGCCAAAAUUUCCACGUCCCAGCCUUCUAUGAAAACAAUGGGUUAUUUUUCACGAAUUUAUUUCCUAAGUAACCUCCGAAAGAUUGUUUCAAGUUAGACAAAUUAUGAACUACCUUACCUGUAAUGAGGCGCUCUAAUUUCAUCAUAUUCAUUGUCGUAUAUACUUUUACCUUACUUACCCAAAUGCAAAGACCCAGAUGAAUUUCAGUAUGGAUGCCAGUAUAUCAAUCAACAGUUCAUAUUUAUCAAACGACUUAACUGUGAUUUUCUCAUUUUAUAUUAAUGUUAUUAUAAUCAUCUAACUCUUUUUGAAAUAUUUCAGAAAUUUGUUGUCUUAAAAAAGUCAGUAAAUUCCGCGUAAGAAUAAACAAAUAUCGCGCACUUCAUAAGCAGUAGCCAAUAUUUUUUUUACUAUUACUUUUGCCAGAUUAUUAAUAGUUAGUUAGAUUGUAGAUUAAAACCAAUGAAACGAAGCAUUUCAGC